GAAUGGGCGGUGAUUAUCUAGUCACAAAACCGGCUGUCAGCAGCGUGUGGUGAGGCCAGGAAAUCAGACAAUCUGCUGUGGGCUGCAGUGACCGAGACGCACCAUGUACCUGUGUAGAGCAGCCUGGCAAAAGCUGGCGCCCGUGGCCAGAAACAGCGGCACCGCGGCGCUUCUCCGCAAUGCUCCAGCACGGCAGAUGUCAUCCAGCAGUGUUCCUGGAUCUUCUGGGAGUUCCCUACCUUACACCAUAUUUGUCUGUGCUUCUCUAACUGCUGGCGGAUUAUAUGUGUACCACACACUAACAAGAGACCAAGCUCGCUUUCAGGAUCGCCAUGAGUACAUUCGAAGCAGGCCAAAACCAGAAACUGCGGCUAAGCCAUGGCCUCCUCAGGGCUCAGGUGAGGCUGAAAGUAGCGACGUGUCUGAGGCCCCGGAAGAGGCAGCUGUUACAGCUGAAGCUGUAGCAAUAGCUGUUGAAGAAAUUGAGGUGCAGGAGACAAUCCCCACAGCGCUUUUGAUUGAGGAGGAUACUUUUCCAGAAGAAGUACCUAUUGCUACAGAACCAGCUGCACAACUGGAGGCUAUCCCACCUCAAGGUGAGGAGGUUGACAGUAGUAAUAUUUCUAAGACCACUGAAGAGACAGCUGUUACCCCCCAGGCUGUUGAAGACAUUCAGGAAUUGGAUGCUAUCCCCACAGCUCUUUUGGAGAAUAUAUUGUUGGAAGAAACGGAAGUGCCUAUUGCAACAGAAUCAGUAGCAGUACUGGAGGCAGUCUCAGUGCAAGGUCAGGAGACUAGAAGCAAUGUGUUUCAAACCACUGAUGAUGUGGCAGCAGUGGUCCCAUCUGAAGAUGCUGCAGUUACUGCCGAAGAAACUGACAGUCAAAAUACUGUCCCCUCAGACCAUUUGAAUUGGGAAAUACUGGAAGAAGAGGUUGCACCAGUUUCAGCAGAACCAUUAGCACAACUGGAGACUGUCCCAGUGCCAGGUGAGGAAGUUGAAACCAUUGACAUGUCUGAGGCUGCUGAAGAGGUACUUGUUAAAACUGAAGCCGUAGCAGUAGCUGCUGAAGAAAUUGAAGAACAGCACACCGUGCUUUCAGCACCUGUACUGAUGAAUGAAACUUUGCAAGUUCAAGUGUCUACAGAGUCAGCAGUAGGUCUGGAGAAUUCCCCAGUACAAGGUGAGGGAGUUGAAAACAUUGACAUGUCUGAGACUGCUGAAGAGCUAGCUGUUAAAACUGAAGUUGUAGCAGUAGCUGGUGAAGAAAUUGAAGAACAGCACCCUGUGCUUUCAGCACCUUUAGUGAAGAAUGAAACUUUGGAAGUUCCAGUGUUUGCAGAGUCAGCAGUAGGUCUGGAGAAUUCCCCACUACAAGGUGAGGAGGCUGAGAGUAGCAAUGUUGCCACAGAAGAGGUUAUUGUAGCUGUUACAGUUGAAGCCAUAGCUGCUGAAGAAUCUGAGAUUCAGGAUACAAUCCAUGCAGCACCAUUAGUGACAGAGGAAAUGUUGGAGGAUGUGGCAGUUUCUGAAGAACCAACGACAGAACUGCAGACAGCACCAGUGUCAGAACAGAACACUGGCACCAUGGCAGCUGCCUCAGCUGAAGAGUCGUCUCCUGUGUUAGAGGAAACAUCAGGUAAUAUACAGGAAGAGCUUGCUGCUGCUGCUGCAGAUGAUUGGUCUGAGCUUUCAUCACACAAGCCAGAGGAAGCUGGUGAAGAGGCAGUACAAGCUACAACAGAGAGCCUUGAGGUAGCACAAACCGAAGAAGUUUCUGCCAGCUCUUAGAAAUAGAGAAGAAAUCCUUCUUCAAAUGUGAUCUCCAUAUAAUAUACCAAACACUAGCAAUUUCCAGGAACCCUGAACAGAUUCAACUGCAUUUCCAGAAUCCCCUACAGAGUACACCCACCCGCUUAUUUCCAUGUCUAUACAGCAGGCCGGGCAGUUCCCUAUGAAGGUGCACAGCUGACGGGCUCUUUAUAUUCAGUUUCCUUAAGACUGACAUGGAAAGUUUUGCCUCAGGAAAAUGGAAAGAACCAAGCAAUAUCAGCUUCCAGUGAACUCUCCGGGACCUGUAGCAGUUUUCAGCCUCAGGAAGAAAUACCACUUAUAGUGAACUGGAGAUGUUAUAUUCUCACACAUGGAUAUAGAGAUGCUUCAUUUAGCUGCCCCACAUGCUGCAUGUGUUUUUUUUACUCUACCUUUACUAUGCACUACUUUGCACUUCUCCUAGAUGGACCAUCUAUUAUGUCAGGAACCAGAAAGGAUUAGUACAUCUUUCAGCAGAGAAGGGUUUGAUAAAAUUAGGCUGUGGAAAGGGAAAGCUGCUUGACAAUCAGAAUAUUUUUCUACCUUCAGGAAAUAUAUAGAUCUGAGUAUGUUAUUCAGUGAAAUGUGGCAUAAUAAGGUAAUGUUCAGCCCAGUUUAAAAGGGUGACUUUUCCAAAACUUUUAUCUAUUCAUGUUCCUACUUUCUGUGCCAUAAACUGGGAAAUAUGUUUGUACCUCUCAAAAGUGUUUUAGCAAUCAGUAAUCUGGGUAUGUACUGUAUGCAGGGAUGAACACAGAGCCUUUAUAUAUAUAUAUAUAAAUUCAACAGUAACAAAGGAGCUUAACCACUGACCAUGUGAUGUGGCACAAAACUGUUCUUAACCCCCCUUUUUCAUGAUUCCUCAGGUGCAAUGAUUACAGUAUUGGUCUCAUGACAUUCUUGCUUUAUCUAACACUAUUUUAUAUUUUCAGGUGCUUUAUUUUUGUGUACUUACAGAUGUGCACAGCUCCAAAUCUAAAUACAGGUAUAGUGCUAAAGGUAGCUAUACAUGGAGAUGUGUAGGGGAAAAAUCAGUUUGCCCUAUAAAAAAAUCUAUAAACUGUGACCAGGUCUUCAAAAUUCAGUAGAACAAUCCAUCUCUGUUUGGCCCAAGAUGUGCUCUGAUCCACUUAUUUAUCUGAUCCAACCUACUUUUCCAAAUUGAUUUUCGGGAAUUUGAGUAGGAUUAUCCACCGUGGGUUUUCCAUGUAUGUUCACAGAAUCCCUACAGAGCGGGGCCUGGAAUACACAUGGGUUCUGUAUCAAUCCUGUGUUAUUCUAUAGAAGGUCUGUAGAGUAGAAUCAUUUCAGAAGUUUGUUACAUUAUCAAAAUUAAGACUUACUCAAUGUGCAUUCCCUUAAAUCUUCAUCUUUACACAAACAGAAAUAUACUGCAAUUGUUAAAUAAUCCCUUUUGUAUAAUUUGGGUUGAUCCCCACCCAUAUUUUCUAAGAUGUACUUUCUACAUAGUAUUUUCCAUUUUUGUUGCACUUAUACAUACGUAUGGGGCUGCCACAUUGUUUUCCAUAGCCUGUUUUUAUAGAACAAUAGAAUAAUAACAUAGGCAACCUUUAUAGCUGUAUGAUUAGGAAUCCCCUUAUCAGUUAACAACCACUGGAGGGACACGCAUUAAAGAUUCUUGAUCUAAAGAAAAUAUUUUACAUUUUUAAAUUUAAAAAAUCUAUGUGGAGAAAGAAUUGAGGUUGUAGCCUCAGGGCCACCUUCUGACUGCAUUUUAGCAUUCCAUUUUCCCACUGCCAGAAUGACAGUACUAAACCUCCCAAUAUACCUCACUCAGGGAACACUUUACACUUUAUAUGGAUACCUGGAUUUAUACAGCAUCAGCAGUCAGCAAUACUAAAUGGGUGUUAGGAACACGAAGAUAUGUCCUGAAAAAGGCUACAAUCAGAUUAUUUUAAUGUGAAUAUCUAUUUAGAAGCCAACAGGUAACCCCUGUAACAUGAUUUAUAAACUGCUGUGUAGGAGACUGUUCUGAUCUUUCUAUAACCGUACUGUGAGUUGAACGUCGGGUCCUACCUCACAAAAGUUCAUAUUUCUUUCACUUACAAAAGAAACAGGUACCUUAUCUAAAUGGUACAGAGCUACCAAGCUGUGACUGGGGUACAUUCCCAGCAUUCCUUUCUGUUACACUAUUACAUAAUGUGCAGUAUUUCUAUGUAGAUACAAUACCACUGUGAGACUUACCUCUGCAAAUAAAAACUUUUCCUCUA